UACAAUUAUCGGUUAAAGAUGUAUAUUAGGCCCGAUUCGCUGCCAUCCCUCUACUUUCCUAUCAACCCCACAAGCAUUGGGCACAAUGAAGUGGGUCACCUUUAUCUCCCUCCUCUUCCUCUUCAGCUCUGUUUAUUCCAGGGGUGUGUUUCGUCGAGAAGCACACAAGAGUGAGAUUGCUCAUCGAUUUAACGAUUUGGGAGAGGGACAUUUCAAAGGCCUGGUAUUGAUUACCUUAUCUCAGCAUCUCCAGAAGAGCCCCUUUGAAGAACAUGUAAAGUUAGUCAACGAAGUGACUGAUUUUGCGAAAGCAUGCGUUGCUGAUGAGUCAGCUCAAAAUUGUGGCAAAGCAAUUGCUACUCUAUUUGGAGAUAAAGUGUGUGCCAUUCCAUCUUUGCGUGAGACCUAUGGAGAGCUAGCUGACUGCUGCGCCAAAGAGGAUCCCGACAGGGUUGAGUGCUUCCUGCAGCACAAAGAUGACAACCCCAACCUGCCUCCAUUUGAGAGGCCAGAGCCCGAGGCUUUGUGCACUGCCUUCAAGGAAAACAAUGACCGUUUCAUUGGACAUUAUUUAUAUGAAGUUUCCAGAAGACAUCCUUACUUUUAUGCCCCAGAACUCCUGUAUUAUGCUGAAAAAUACAAGAAUGCUUUGACAGAAUGCUGCGAAGCUGCUGAUAAAGCUGCCUGCCUGACCCCAAAGUUGGAUGCCAUCAAAGAAAAAGCACUGGUUUCCUCUGCUCAACAGAGACUCAAGUGUGCCAGUCUCCAAAAAUUUGGGGAAAGAGCUUUCAAAGCAUGGUCAGUAGCUCGUCUGAGUCAGAAAUUUCCCAAAGCUGAGUUUGCAGAAAUUUCCACCAUAGUAACAUCUCUCACCAAAGUCACGAAGGAGUGCUGCCAUGGAGACCUGCUGGAAUGUGCAGAUGACAGGCAAGAACUGGCCAAAUACAUGUGUGAACAUCAAGACAGCAUCUCCAGUAAACUGAAGGAGUGCUGUGUAAAGCCCACGCUGCAGAAAGCCCACUGCAUCCUGGAGAUCCAAAGAGACGAGCUGCCUACUGAGUUGCCUGACUUAGCUGUCGACUUCGUUGAAGAUAAAGAGGUUUGCAAAAACUUUGCUGAAGCAAAAGAUGUCUUCCUGGGCACGUUUUUAUAUGAAUAUUCAAGAAGGCACCCUGAAUACUCUAUUGGCAUGCUGCUGAGAAUCGCCAAGGGCUACGAAGCCAAGUUGGAGAAGUGCUGUGCUGAAGCUGAUCCUCAUGCGUGCUAUGCAAAAGUGUUUGAUGAGCUUCAGCCUCUUAUAGAUGAGCCUAAGAAAUUAGUCCAACAGAACUGUGAACUUUUUGAUAAGCUGGGAGAGUAUGGAUUCCAAAAUGCCCUCGCGGUCCGUUACACCCAGAAAGCACCUCAGGUGUCAACUCCAACUCUUGUGGAGUACGCAAGAAAAUUAGGCAGCGUGGGAACAAAGUGCUGCAGCCUCCCUGAGACAGAGAGGCUGUCCUGUACGGAAAAUUAUCUGGCCCUGAUCCUGAAUCGGCUGUGCAUACUGCACGAAAAGACGCCAGUGAGUGAAAGAGUCACCAAGUGCUGCACUGAGUCCUUGGUGAACCGAAGACCAUGCUUCUCUGCACUGCACGUCGAUGAAACAUACGUGCCCAAACCAUUUCAUGCUGACUCCUUCACCUUCCACGCAGACAUAUGCACGCUUCCAGAGAAGGAGAAACAAGUCAAGAAGCAAAUGGCACUUGUUGAGCUGGUGAAACACAAGCCCAAGGCAUCAGAGGAGCAAAUGAAAACGGUUAUGGGAGAUUUCGCAGCUUUCUUAAAAAAGUGCUGCGACGCUGACAACAAGGAGGCCUGCUUUACAGAAGAUGGUCCAAAACUUGUUGCUAAGUGUCAAGCUACCUUAGCCUGAAACCGUCAUAAACACAAAUAUCUCAGCCUACCCUGAGAAAAAGAGCGAUGAAGAGUUGAAACUUACUCAUCUGUUUUUCUUUUCUGUUGGUAUAAAACCAACCCUCUGUCCAAGGAACACAAAUUUCUUUACCACUUGAUCUCUUUUCUCUGUAUUGCAAUUAAUAAAAAUUAAAAGAAUUUA